UUGUGUUCAAAUAGUUGCAUCAUUUAGGAACGCAGUGUUUUUCAGUUAGAAUAUUCUUACCAGAGCAAGAGGCCAAAGGUGCCCUUCACAUGGCGCAGAAAUGCCAUCUUUCAGGAUCUCCAUGCACAACUACUUACUUCCAAGGGCGGUUUUAAUUCAACAGAACAGGCUAUGGCAUUUUCCCACAAGAUUUCACACCAGGCCAGAAAGUAAGACAAACCCUUUGUUCCAAAUUCUCUGGUCACCACUUCCUCUGAACUGGCUCUGUGAUGAAUGCGGGAACUGCAGGGGGAGGUUUCUUUCUCCAGCAGCAGUUAGGAGGCGGCAGGGUGGUGGGGUGGACUACGGAGCAUGCAGGGCUUGGGCCCUAGAACUUGCAGGUGAGCAGCAGCCACGUGAGGUGAGAACACAGGUGCUCGGAGUGGGGCGGACAUGAGGACAGGCACAGGGCUGGGAGGGCAGGAGUGUUCAGAGGAUGGUCGGGAGUGAGGGCUGUAGUUGAGGGUGUAGGGGUGGGUAUAGGCUUGGAGGAGGAUGUGCUUGGCAGGGCUGAGGCUGAUAGAAAGGCCAGGGUGGCCUGUGAGGGGUCCAAAAGCCAUACUAAGCAGCACUAGGGGAGGACUGCUGGCUAGAGCAGCUGGAGGGGCCAGGAGGCCAAGACAGAGGCUAUUAUGUGGCCCAAACUAAGAUGGGGCUGUCAGGCUGGAGGACUCGCUGAGGUUGGGGCCUUCCUCUUGGGAGGGAGUCAUUGACACAGGUCGGUGUCUGGCUGUCCGUGGAUUGGGGACCCGUGACACAGACACCCAGAGUCUUGCCCACCCUGCCUGCUGCGACUGCCUCCUUACUCAUUCUUGAGCCUUUCCUUGAGGACGUGAGGAUGGUGAAGCCCCUUGGGGCACAGCCAGUGGUCUCUCUCCCACGCAGGGACCUUAUAGCCUCAUCUCCUGGGCACAAGGACUGCACCAGCUUCUAUCACCUUGGACAAUUCAGUGUCUGCGAAAUACCAUCCUACAGAGACUGGGUGCAAGACGGGAAGUAAAGAACUGGGAGCAGGGACACAGGACUCAAGUGAGGGCCCACGAUGGCCACUUCCUUCUUUGUGUCUCUCCUCCCGGAUCAUGAGCACAGCAGCUCAUUGGGGAAGGAUUUUCAAAUGUUAGAAUUAGAAAGAGCAACCACAGCCCCUCUCCACUCUUUACAGAGGCUUCGGAGGUAAAAAGGCACAUAAGUGAGCAGGCGUGAGCCCGAGCUCUCUAAAGAGCUAGAGACCAGACAGAGCCCAGGAAACCCUGAUCCACCGAGCCCACCACAGCAGCAACGAUGCAUCAACACAUGAAGGUGUGGAAUCAAAUGUUUCAGGAAUUAAUCCAGGAGGUGAAACCAGGGCACAUAUGGACCCUGAAACUAGACGAAAACCUCAUUCCCAACAACCUGCAGCCAGGGUGGACACAAUACCAGCAGUGGGUGUUUGCCAGGUUCCAGUGCUCCUUGUGCUUUCGCAGUUGGGCCUCUUCCCAAGUUCACAUCCUUUUCCACAUGUACUGGAGUAAGAGGGAACCCAAGGGCCAGGUGAAGAUGAGAAUCUUUGCCCAGAGAUGUCGGAAGUGCUGCCAGCCUCCAUUUGAGAUUCCUGAGUUCACGGAACAGAACAUCGCAAGGAUCCUGACAAACCUGGUGUUCCGAAUUCUUAAGAAAUGCUAUAGAGAAAAAUUUGAGUUACCGAAGGAUAUUCCUACAGUCAAAGAUAUCUAUCUUGAAGGACCACAUGACGUUGACAACUGUGAGGCUUGUCUGCAGGGCUUUUGUGCUCAGAGUGGGUUAGGUCUGACCACACAGCCACCAAAGUCCUUAGCACUUCCCAGAAUAAGCUUACCUACCUCUGAGACCCCCAUCAUUAAGCCUUCUGCCACAGAGAGUAGCGCCACAGUGAUAAGGAACGCCAGGGUGGAGAAAAGAAAGGGUCCGCCCAACCCCUGGUUUCCUGAGCCCACACGGGCUCCGAGUCUGAGAGCACACACCAACCACCGUGUGGAAACUAGAAUCCAGAUCCCCCAUUCAAGUGAGAAUGUCUAUUCCUGCGUAGCCCAGAAUCCCAAGUAUAGGAAAGCAGGGUUUUGUUGCUCUUUAAUUAUUCUAAUCCUAAUCAUUGUCGUGGUGGUGAUUGUUGUAAAAAUCUAUGUAUAAAUCUCAAAAACAUGAUGCUAAUUUUAAAAAGUCAGACACACAUGGUCGUAUAUUGUAUGAUCCCGUUGAAGUGAAAUAUUUAGAAUAGGUAAAUCCAGAGACAAGAAGUAGAUUAUUGGCUACCAGGGACUGGGGAAAAGGGAAAAUGCCAGCAACUACUUAAUCUGUACAAGGUUUUGGGGGCUUGUGAGGUUAACAAAAAUGUUUGGAAUGAGAUAGAGGUGGUAGUUGCAGAAAACUAGGAAUGCACUAAAUGCCAUCAAAUUGUUCUCUUUAAAAUGGUUAAUUUAAUGUGAAUUUUAAUGGUUAAUGUUAAUUUUUUUUCAAUUAAAAAAAAAAAGACUA